AAAGACAUAAAAAGGUAGGAAUGUCUGCGCAGAGUGGUAAGUUUUCUAAUCAUCAUCAUCAUCAUCAACAACACCAACAGCAACACCAACUCCAACACCAUCACCAAUUCCCAUACCAGCACCAUCACAACUAAGCAACAGUUUACUACUCGAAGAUCUACACCAACAUCUUAAUACAACCUCCCAUCAACUCAUUGAUAUUCCACCAUGCUCGUCCCCGUCGCCUCCCUCGCCCUUCUCGGCCUUGCAACCGCUGCACCGCACGCCAAACGCCAGGCUGCUGAUGCCAACUUCGGCCUGAGCGUUGGCCUCGAGGGCAUUUUCGACAUCAGCGAAGUCCAAACCUUCAAGUUCUCCUACGCCAACAACUCAGCCUACUUCGGCGAGAUCAAGUACCAGCAAUACUCGGAGCCGCUUGUUCUUACCGGCGCCAAAGUUGCCGGGGACACCACCGGUGGCCUGAGCUUCCUGUCCAUCCACGCCGCCCCCACAGGCUCUCAGUACGCCUACAUCGAGCCAACCAAGACUGCACCUCUGCAAUUCACUGUCCCGCAUACGGGUGGCGAGAUGCCCGCCGAUGCUGUCAGCACGGGAUUCUACUUCAGCGGUGGUGGCCCAAUGUUGUACAAUGGCGAUAACAAGUUCUGGGCCUGCCAGAACCCUGAGCUCAAGGCUUUGAACUCCUAUCAGAUCUGGUGGAAUGGUGCGGGCGAAUUCCCCCUCGGAAUCGACUGCAAGGGCCCGAUUGGCAUGGACCAAAUCGCUGAGUCCGAGACGCGCAGCAACUAAGACGUUGUGAUUGAGCAUUUGAGCGGUCAUACUAGCAUAGCAUUCUUUCUUUUCAAAAGCGCGGUUGUCUGAUUUUACUUUGACCAUUAGCGAUUAGCCAGUUUAGUCUCUAACAAUUGCACAUAUUCAUCCAUCA